CAAAAAGAACAGUAAAAAUGCAGGCAGGGCACAGGACAAAGCACUCGGGACAAAAUUGUAUUGAGUGAAUGUCACUUUUAAAAUGUUUUCAUUUCCCACCGGUUCCGUCCCCGUACGUCCCGACGCUCGCAGGGAACGGAAGAUGGAUGCCGGCAUCGGCCAAAGGAGAUGGCCGGGGACGCUGCAGGGGAGACAUCGCGGAAGCGAAGGACAACGUAAGUGCUGGAGGGAAUCCCUGAGCAACGCUGCAGGGUAAUCCCGAGUGUAGCUCAGGGUUACUGCUUUUGGUACUGAAA